AUGGCCACGGUCACGGAACAAGUGGGCGAGGUGCUGCUGGGCACCACCGACGAGCCGCAGUUGUCGCAGCUUACGCGCGCCAUCUUCAUGAAGCAUGCCCAGAAAGACGAGCAGUCGGACGACUACUUUCUGAACGAGGACCAGUUCAUCAACGCGGUUGCUCCCGAGGGCGAAGACUACCACAAGAUCAAGCGAUACCAGUAUGGCAUCCUUUUCAAGGUGGCCGAUCGCGACCAGAAAGGCAGGGUCAGCAUACAUGACUGGUCCGUCUUCCAGAACCUACUUGCCAAGCCCGACGCCGAGUACGAGGUCGUCUUCCGCUUCUUCGACAAGAACCGGACGGGCUACAUCAACUUUGACGACUUCUACUCGACAUGGAGGGCACACAAGACCGAGGACAGCCUACCGUUCAACUGGGAAGGCGAUUGGGCCUCGCUCUACGUCGGCGGCAAGAAGCACAGGCAUGCCAUGACGUAUCCCCAGUUUGCCCAGAUGCUGCGAGGGUUGCAGGGAGAACGCGUCCGCCAGGGCUUUACGUCGUUUGACAAGGACAAGGAUGGGUUCAUUGAGCCAGAGGACUUUCAGCGCAUUGUACGCGAAACGGCCAGCCACAAGCUCUCCGACUAUCUCCUCGAGAAUCUGCCGACGCUCUGCAACAUCUCAGCAGGAAGCAAGAUUUCCUACGCCAACGUGCGCGCCUUCCAGAACGUCAUUCAGCAAAUGGACAUGAUUGAGCUUAUUAUUCGCAAUGCGACACAAAAGAGCUCCGACGGCAAAAUCACCCGCACGGAUUUCCUCAACGAGGCUGCCAGGAUAAGCCGCUUCAACCUGUAUACGCCCAUGGAGGCGGAUAUCCUCUUCCACUUUGCUGGCCUAGACGAAACUACGGGCCGGCUGGGUCUGCGCGAUUUCGCUCGCGUUCUCGAUCCGUCGUGGCACCGCGUGGGCACGCUAGGAGCCAACGCGAUAUCUGACGUUGGCCAAAAGGUCUUUGCAACCACACACUCGAUAUGGCACGACGUGCUCGAAUCGGUCCACCACUUUGCGCUCGGGUCCUUGGCUGGUGCGUUUGGUGCAUUGAUGGUGUACCCGAUCGAUUUGGUGAAGACGAGGAUGCAGAACCAGAGGAGCUCGGGUGUCGGACAUGUUCUGUACAAGAACUCGCUGGACUGCGCAAAGAAGGUGAUCAAGAACGAGGGCUUCAAGGGUCUCUAUUCCGGCGUGCUCCCACAGCUUGUUGGUGUGGCACCGGAGAAGGCGAUUAAGCUGACGGUCAAUGAUCUUGUGCGCGGGAAAAUGACGGACAAGUCGACGGGCAACAUCAAAUUCGCAGCUGAGAUGCUCGCGGGUGGUUCAGCGGGUGCUUGUCAAGUAGUGUUUACGAACCCCCUGGAGAUUGUCAAGAUCCGGUUACAGAUUCAGGGUGAACUCUCAAAGAACGUCGAAGGAGUACCCCGGCGUUCUGCCAUGUGGAUUGUCCGGAAUUUGGGUCUUGUUGGUCUGUACAAGGGAGCUAGCGCAUGUCUCCUGCGUGAUGUCCCUUUCUCGGCCAUCUACUUCCCGGCGUACAGCCACUUGAAAAAGGACGUUUUCGGCGAGAGUCCUCAGAAGUCUUUGGGGGUUGUCCAGAUGUUGACUGCCGGUGCCAUUGCGGGUAUGCCUGCGGCGUACUUUACCACGCCGUGCGACGUGAUCAAGACGAGGUUGCAGGUCGAGGCUCGAAAGGGCGAGGCGACGUACAACGGGCUUCGGCAUGCGGCGCAGACCAUCUGGCGAGAGGAGGGCUUCAGGGCCUUUUUCAAGGGUGGGCCCGCGCGUAUCAUGCGAUCGUCGCCCCAGUUUGGAUUCACGCUGGCUGGCUACGAGGUGCUACAGAGGGCGUUGCCGAUGCCAGGAGCAGAGUCGCACUCUGAAUCCAGCCUGGAGCCUUCGGUUGGGCUCGCAGAAGCCAAGGCACCGUUGCCGUAUCUCCGCAGCCGAAACGCUCUCAAGGUGAUUCUGGACCUGGACGAGAACUUUGGGCGACCGCGGAUGCCUCCGGGCGCAAAGUUCACGGGCAUUCCCGGGUUUGGGGGCAGUAGCAGCAGCAGCAAGCCAGAGGCAUGA